GCGGCGGCUGCAGCCUCGCUCUGGUCCCUGCGGCUGGCGGCCGAGCCGUGUGUCUCCUCCUCCGCCGCCGCCAUAUUGUCUGUGUGAGGAGAGGGGAGAGCGGCUGCCGCCGCUGCCGCUUCCACCACAGGAGUUCUUAUUUUUUAAUGAGGCCUUCUGACCUGUACUUCCUGUUUCUGGUGUGGCCUGCUGAGUUGGUAAGUUUGAAGAAAACAGGUCUGAAACAAGGUCUUAACCCCAGCUGCCUCUCAACACGGUGACUGCCAGGUCUCCAAACAUCAAGUCCAGCUUUGUCCGCCAACCUGUCUGACAUGUCGGGACCCGUGCCAAGCAGGGCCAGAGUUUACACAGAUGUUAAUACGCACAGACCCCGAGAGUACUGGGAUUAUGAGUCACAUGUGGUGGAAUGGGGAAAUCAAGAUGACUACCAGCUGGUUCGAAAAUUAGGCCGGGGUAAAUACAGUGAAGUAUUUGAAGCCAUCAACAUCACAAAUAAUGAAAAAGUUGUUGUUAAAAUUCUCAAACCAGUAAAGAAGAAGAAAAUCAAGCGUGAAAUAAAGAUUUUGGAGAAUUUGCGAGGUGGUCCCAACAUCAUCACACUGGCAGACAUUGUAAAAGACCCUGUGUCACGAACUCCUGCCUUGGUUUUUGAACACGUAAACAACACAGACUUCAAGCAAUUGUACCAGACGUUAACAGACUAUGAUAUUCGAUUUUACAUGUAUGAGAUUCUGAAGGCCCUGGAUUAUUGUCACAGUAUGGGAAUUAUGCACAGAGAUGUGAAGCCCCAUAAUGUCAUGAUUGAUCAUGAGCACAGAAAGCUACGGCUAAUAGACUGGGGUUUGGCUGAGUUUUACCAUCCUGGUCAAGAAUAUAACGUCCGAGUUGCUUCCCGAUAUUUCAAAGGUCCUGAGCUUCUUGUAGACUAUCAGAUGUAUGAUUAUAGUUUGGAUAUGUGGAGUUUGGGUUGUAUGCUGGCAAGCAUGAUCUUUCGGAAGGAGCCAUUUUUCCAUGGACAUGACAAUUAUGAUCAGUUGGUGAGGAUAGCCAAGGUUCUGGGGACAGAAGAUUUAUAUGACUAUAUUGACAAAUACAACAUUGAAUUAGAUCCACGUUUCAAUGAUAUCUUGGGCAGACACUCCCGUAAGCGAUGGGAACGCUUUGUCCACAGUGAAAACCAGCACCUUGUCAGCCCUGAGGCCUUGGAUUUCCUGGACAAGCUGCUGCGAUACGACCACCAGUCACGGCUCACUGCAAGAGAGGCCAUGGAGCACCCCUAUUUUUACACUGUUGUGAAGGACCAGGCUCGAAUGGGCUCAUCUAGCAUGCCAGGGGGCAGUACGCCUGUCAGCAGCGCCAAUAUGAUGUCAGGGAUUUCUUCAGUGCCAACCCCUUCACCCCUUGGACCUCUGGCAGGCUCACCAGUGAUUGCUGCUGCCAACCCCUUGGGAUGCCUGUUCCAGCUGCUGCUGGCGCUCAGCAGUAAUGGCCUCUUCUGUCUCCUGAUGCCUGAGCAGAGGUUGGGGAGUCCACUCUCUCCCUUGAUGCAGCUUGCGCCCGGCGGGAGGGGUGAAAUACUUCAGAAGCACCGUGUCUGAACCGUUGCUUGUGGAUUUAUAGUAGUUCAGUCAUAAAAAAAAAAUUAUAAUAGGCUGAUUUUCUUUUUUUUCUUUUUUUCUUUCUUUUUUUUUAACUCGAACUUUUCAUAACUCAGGGGGUUCCCUGAAAAAUUAUCUGCAGGUGGAAUAUUUCACGGACAAAUUUUUUUCUCCCCUUCCAAAUUCAGUUCCUCAUCACUAAAGAACAAAGAUAAGCCAGCCUCAAUCCCGGCUGCUGCAUUUGGGUGGAGAUUUCUUCCCAUGCCCACCAUCGCUCCCCUACCAUCCCACACUUUGAGGGGUUUGUCUCUCAUGCUCUUCUCCAGAGAUUACAUAAAUGUAGCUUCUUCAAGGGAGGCGAGAAGGAAGGAGGAAGGGAGGUCCCAGCCUGUAAGAGCAAUGUACUGCUAGUCACUUAUAUCACUUUACUCCAAAAGUGCUUCAGUGGGGAUAUCCUGGUGAAUCUAGUGGAAAUGUGUCUUGUUACAUUGAGAUGCUGAAAAUCUACCCAAAGUGCAAACAGGUCCUGAAAACUUCUGUUUGGUAUGAAUCAUGUCUUAUUGACCUAACUUUAAGUCCAGCUCACUUAUAUAAUUUAGUUUCAGUUUAGUUUACAACUUUAAUACCAUCCCUCCCAGGCUUCUUACCUUUGGCCUCUCCCCUUUCAUCUCCCAACAUGCUCUAUAGCAGGUAGGAGGAGGAAGGCAAAAUCUUUCUCAGUUUUCUUUGACUUGGCCCUUUUGAAUUCAGUUAGUUACUGGGCAUAACUUAAUUGCUUUCUACAAAAGAAAAAAAAUUGUCUAUGUAGGUUUCAUGCUAGCAACUCUUUAAGACCUAAUGAGAGAUGUGGCCACACUGAGUUUUAUUUUAAGCUUUCUGUCCUCUUUUCCUCCUACCUUCCCCUUCCCUCACAUGCCAUCCAGUGAGAAGACCUGCCCCUCAGUCUUGUAAAUGUAUCUGAGAGGCAGGAUCAGAGCCACUAUCUCCAGUGAAACUGAAAUGGUAGACCUGUAAUUGUGGGAAAACGAAAACUCUCUUGUUACAGCCCUGCCACCCCUUGCUGUGUGUAUAUAUAUAAUACUUUGUCCUUCAUAUGUGAAAGAUCCAGUGUUGGAAUUCUUUGGUGUAAAUAAACGUUUGGUUUUAUUUAUCAAGGUUAGAUUUAAGUUCCCUGUGUAAAGGUCUCGCUGGGUGGGUGUCUCACGUUCACAUCUGAGGGGCCUGCAGCCCUGUACCGUGGAGGCCUUCCAAGGCUCCCAUUUUUAUACACCCUUCGUUUGACCCAUGGUACUGGGCAGGGCAGAGAGGCCUUAAAAAAGCACCACAAGCCAAAGCGUCUCUGGGGAUUAAGGAUCCUUUGCCAUAAAAUUCAUUUUGUGUCUCAGCAGUGCAGGGAUUGGGGAUGGAAAAAGUCGCCAGUUUUCGUGUGUUUGUGUGUGUGUGUAAAGUGGAUUUUCCACUGUAAUCCAACCACCUAAGUUUAUCAGGUGCUUCACUGAAGAAGCCUAGUUUUUUAAGCACAAUAGCAAAACCAUCAGCUCUGUAUUUUCUCCUGUUACUUCAUUACAGUAGCUGCUUGUGGGGACUAGGAAAAAUUCUUCCAACGUAUUUUAAGGCCUGAAGUCUUAGUUCCCCAUUCUCCUACCUUUAUAGAUUCACAAGCCUUUCUCACCUGGGCGUCAUAGAUAAACAUAAUUGAGGAGUUGAAUUUAAUGAACUUAAUCUAACUUUGUAACCCAUCUUGGCUCUAGUAACUUUAUCAAGGUGGUGGCUUUAGUGAAUAUAAUGAUAAACUUUAAAGGAAGCUAAAGCCUCCUUUUAUAACGCUUCUCAACCAUAGGGAAAACAUUCUGACUGUGUGGCAGGGUGAUUUUCUUCUCUGUGGCCACUUACAGUGGAUAUUUAUUGUUCUUGACCCUUUUAUGCCCUAGAAUGCUGUGGGGGGUUACCAUGUUGAAUUCGUGCAGAAGCUCAAAGCACCGGAUGUGCCAGAGAUGCAGUUUGUGAUUAUGUUUGCACUGGAUUGUGAUUUGAACAGGACACUUACGACUAAUGAAUUCUUUCCUUUGAGGUGGAGGAGGGUUGUAAAUCAAGACUUCACAUCCCACCCAUGUAGCUCAGAGAAUCUAGGUGUAGCUGAGGCUGAUGUGAGGAGCUGCAAACAGCUGGACCUCCUAACAUGCAUCAGACCUUACAAGAAACUGAAGGUGAAAGCAGAGGACUCUGAAAUGCUACCCAAGAGCCUUUUAAAAUAAAUAGAAGUUUUAAAAUUGCUACUUAAGGAGUCACUGCAGAAGCAUGAAAAAAAAAAAAAGAAAAACCAAUUGGGUA